AACAAGUGCAAAAGAACAAACUCUCUCUCUUAUUUCUUUCGGUUGGACUCCCUGUGAUUGAAACUGCCACGAUGCAUCCGAUAAAUGCGGUGGUGGCGGCGAGGAUGCUGUUGAACAAGGCGGCCUCCGUCAAUGAAUCAGUCGAAGAAGGGAUUUCCUUUGGAUCUCCAUGGUGGUUCAUCUACGCCGGCGUUUCUUGCUUUUUAGUACUCUUCGCGGGGAUCAUGUCGGGUCUCACUCUCGGACUCAUGUCGCUUGGUCUCGUCGAACUUGAAAUUCUCCAACGCAGCGGCACCCCCACUGAGAAAAAACAAGCUGCUGCUAUUUUGCCAGUGGUACAAAAACAGCAUCAGCUUUUGGUGACUUUGCUUCUCUGCAAUGCUGCUGCUAUGGAGGCCCUUCCUAUAUACCUGGAUAAGCUUUUCAAUCAAUAUCUUGCUAUCAUACUUUCUGUGACUUUUGUUCUAGCUUUUGGUGAGGUUAUUCCACAAGCAAUAUGCACAAGAUAUGGACUUGCUGUAGGUGCAAAUUUUGCGGUGCUUGUGCAAAUUUUAAUGAUUAUUUGCUAUCCAAUAGCUUAUCCCAUAGGGAAGGUUCUGGAUUGGGUGCUGGGGCAUAAUGAAGCACUUUUUAGGCGGGCUCAACUGAAGGCCCUUGUCUCCAUCCACAGCCAGGAGGCUGGCAAGGGAGGUGAGCUCACUCAUGAUGAAACAACAAUUAUUAGCGGAGCACUAGAUUUGACUGAAAAGACUGCUGAGGAGGCUAUGACACCUAUAGAAUCAACUUUCUCUUUAGAUGUCAAUUCAAAGUUGGACUGGGAGGCAAUGGGUAAGAUUCUCGCUCGUGGUCAUAGCCGAGUCCCUGUCUACUCUGGGAAUCCCAAAAACAUUAUUGGACUUCUGCUAGUCAAAAGCCUUCUCACUGUACGCCCUGAAACUGAGACACUAGUCAGUGCUGUUUCCAUCCGGAGAAUUCCAAGGGUUCCAGCUGACAUGCCUCUGUAUGAUAUACUGAAUGAGUUUCAAAAGGGCAGCAGUCAUAUGGCAGCCAUUGUCAAGGCUAAAGGAAAAAAUAAGAAUCUUCCUCCAGUUGAUGGACAAAAAUCAGAAGAAAACAAAGCCUCUGGCACAGACUCCCAACUGACUACUCCUCUGCUAUCAAAGCUGAAUGAGAAGCCAGAGAGCAUUGUUGUUGACAUUGAUAAGUCUCCAAGGCCUGGCAAUUUAAGCAGGCUAGAUGCUUCAACAAAUGGAUUCUCUAUCACAACAGAGGAUAUUGAAGAUGGUGAAGUGAUUGGUAUUAUCACCCUAGAAGAUGUUUUUGAAGAACUUCUGCAGGAGGAGAUAGUGGAUGAAACAGAUGAAUAUGUUGAUGUGCAUAAAAGAAUCCGUGUUGCCGCAGCUGCUGCUGCUUCAUCAGUGGCACGGGCACCAUCGAGUCGGAGGCUAACUGGUCAGAAGGGAGCGGGAACCCAAAGUAAGCAAGGUCAAGCCCUGAAAAAGCCUGUGGAGGGUGAUUUGAACUCCCCUCGGUUACAAGGUACACCUGCUGAGAACAAGAGAUGAAACAAAUAUAUAAUUGUCAGGAAUUUAUGCCAGUGGUCCUGAGGGGCGAGUGUUUUUGUUUCUACUCUUAAAGUGGAUGGAAAAGGGAAAAUAAAGGCUUGUUCAUUGACAUGAUUCUUAUGUCUCAAUGAAUUUCUUGUGGAUAAUGGUAUGCAAGUCAAAGAAAAAUGCAGUUAGAACUUCCAAACGUUUUAGGGCUCAGGCUUCAUUCUUUUCCUUUCCUAUUUUUGGGUGAUGAAAUAUGGUACUGAGCCAUGAUUUUGUAGAGAUGCUUUUGCAUCAUGUUUUUGGUGUAUUUUGCCGCAUUAGGUGAAUUCUUUGUUAAGUAGCCUAUUUCUGGGAAUGGAAGCUAGAGGUAGGGGGGAAACCCUACUGAAUUCAGUUUGAAAAUAUCUUUGUAAUUUAAAUUUGUCAAUUGCUCGUUGUUCCAAACCAUAAAAUUUUCCCCAUAAUUUUUCUGCUUUGUCUAAACAUAGGGAAUAAGAUCGUCAAGUUAUGGGUUGUACUCAUGAAACACAUGGGAAUUUUAUCAAGUCAUUUCAUUUCCCUCGGGACAAGAAGUCCCUGGAAAAGGUAAGUUGCACUAUCAGUGACAAUAUUCCAAGAAGAAAUGUAGUUUACCUGAACCAAUAGGAACAAUUGCUCCUCUUAAAUAUUCAACUGAUUAAAUUAGAAUUG